CACUUCGAUCUUUCCCUGUACUGCCCACCUACGUCUCCCCAUCCCUAUCCUUUUCUUCUCUCUAUAUAAAUAAUUAAUAUAUUUAUAACCAUCGACAUAGUUUUGAAGAAACAGAGACAGAGAUUUGAAGAAACAGAGAUGGAGCUAAACAACAACAACGACAAGAGUAAUAAUUUCAGAGGAAAAGAAGACAUGGGUAGUGUUCCAAUUCAUAGCCAAGUUCGAAAAAUAAAGCAAGAAUCGGAGCAUAUCAUUGACCGGUCGCCUGGACAGCCUGAGAUGAUGAAGAGACCUGUUCUUAGAUAUAUUUCCCGACAACAGAUUUCUCGGUCUCCUUUGGGGUUAAGCGACACAACAAUCUCUGUUGGUCACUAGGUUUGUUGGAUCUAAAGCUAAUAAAACUGUGUUUAAACAAUAUAGGGAAGACGACUUAAUCCCCUGUUUUUUUUUUCUUUCAUAAUACAAUUUUCAUAGCUCUUUUUUAUUUUUUA